UCCUAUUACAUCCGGAACGAGGACCGAUUGUCUUGCGUCCCCUAUACAAUCGCACACUUCAUCGAAAAAGAUGAAGUGGAAGUCGUUCCAUGCAGCUGGGUUUCUGGAAACAUGUGCAGUUGGCCUAGGCAGGCCAUGAGCAAAGUUCACAGCAUGAUAAGAAAAGGUUCUCCCCCUGGCCUUGACUGCGACGAGUUUGAAGUUGUUGUGAAAGGAAUUUUUUCAUGCUAUAAGGAUGCCAGGGAGAAGCUUGCAAUUUCAGCAUUUACGUCUGAUCUUGAGACAAAUGAGCUCCCGCCAAAGAGGAUUCGCCGUCCUCCUCGACUGUUCGACAGUGAAGAUGAAGACUACCCGCCUAUACCAGACAGCUUUGUGAAAAACAAUCCAGUGAAGAACCCGAAGCAUCAUGGCCAAAAAUUCAGUGAAGCAUCAGCCAGCAACGUCCAGCACACAGUUACGUCGCCACAAGCAAAGGUAGGCACUACUAAACUACCCUGCCCAAAGAGUGAAAACCUAUCAUUUCUUGCUUUUGCACGUGCAGCGGUCAGAAGUCACCAUUCUAGUUCACCUUCCAGCGACCAAGCCCUCGAAAUUUCAGAUCGCUCAAGGGAUUCCUCCCCAGCAUCCCAGAAUGAACUUCCCACUGAUAAUGAAGAAAGGUACCAACGACCCUUGGAAACUGCUGCUAAUUCUGAAAAAUCUUUUGAAAAGGCACUGCCUAAGCAUGAAUUUCAGCGUCAGGUGCUCAAAAAUUUUCACAUUCUGCGUUUGACGGUGCAGCAGCUCAGUGAUCUAGUUUGUGGGCUUGUACCACAGGAGCCAUCUACAACAUGUGCCCCUUUACUUCUGACUGAGGCACUUCAGACUGUGGAGCAGUUAGAAGGUUUUGAACGGAGCCUGACGCAGCAGAAAGAAGACCAGUUGAGCCAGGAGCUUGCUCUCCUUGGUGGAGGGUCAGUAAAGGCUGUCGUAAGACGCAUAAUGGGUCACCUCUUUACUGAUGACGUUGGAGAACAAUUCAGCUGGGAGGGCAGAAAGGGAAAGCAUGUAUUCAAGGAUUUGAAACUGUGUGCUGCAAUAAUAAGAGCUGUGCAUUCAAACAAAAAGCUUGGAAAAGCCACACACCACGACAUAGAGAAGGAAGUAAAGGAAUGGCUACGCCACGCAAAGGAAAGGAAGGACAGGCGGAAGGCUAAUUAAGUUGGCUCAGUUAUUUACCUGCCUCAGUCCACAAGAACUUACGCUGUCCUCGGAGGCACCCUAGCACAGUACGCUAUUGACGAAAUUA